AUGGAGACUACCGACGAUACCACCAGUAAAAAUGAUCAUGAUAGUAACGUAGUUCAGGUUGAAGAAAAUAACGAUAGUUUAAACAACACAUUUCCCGACGUUAAUGAAGAUGCAGGUAAAGUACUGGGUGAAGAUGAUAUAGCGGAGCAAGAUCAAAAAGACACUGAAAGUAUUUUACAGCAGAAUGGUUCCGGUAAUGAUAGUAUUCAAGGAUACAACGACAACGGCCAUGAUACAUUUGAUGAAUCGGAAUCAUUAGCUAAAAUUACUGGAUUGGAAGCAAUCGAUAGCUCUAUCGUGCAAGAAACUGCUGAAAUAGACUAUAACACUUUCGAUGGUCAAUUAGACGGAGACGAGAUCGAAGGACAAAAUACAACUAAUUUUACCAGCGAUAUUGAUCGUACAGAAGAAAUUAAAGGUGAUGAAACCAAGGAUGAUACUGGUAGUAUUAGCGAAUUAGAUGAUAGCAAUGAUAUCAGAGAAGACACGCACAUCGGCAAUAGGAUAUCAGACGCCUUGGGAAUUAAUGAAGAAGCUGCAAGUACAGAUGAAUCGGCUAGUGAACGGAAUGAUAGUAAGAGCGACUCCGUGAAGGAAUCGCUUCGGGAUGAAAGUGAAGGAUCUAAGAUUUGUUCAGGUAGCGAUCAAACAGGGGAACGCACUAUGCAAGAUUCGAUCAAUGAAUUUUCUAGCUCAGAAGAUACACUCAAGGUUAAAACAGCAGAAAUAACUUCUCGAGCAGAGAAUAUCGAAAUGAAAGACGAAGAAGCGAUAACGGUUGAAACGGUUGAUGUCGAUAAGAGUGAUGGUCUCAAUUGGGUAGAUGUGGUUGGAUCUGGUCAGUUAAAAAAAGCUACUUUAGUAGCUGGCAGCGGUGUUGCACCCAAGAAGGGACAACUAGUAACAAUUAAGUAUUCGAUGCAUUUAUCGAAUGCAAUCGUGGUGCUACAUGACAUGGAAUCUCAAUUUAUAUUAGGCGAAGGCGAAGUUAUUCCUGCACUUGAUCUGGUGGUUGCAUUAAUGAAUGUCGGAGAAACUGUAUGCGUAUUCGCAAACUCACGAUAUGGUUAUGCCCAGUACGGCAGUUCAAAGCACAAUGUACCUCAAGAUGCAGACUUAGAAUUUGAAGUUACAUUGAUUGACGUUUCGGACGGACCUAAUAUAACUAACAUGACUGAAGAUGAGAGAAUUGGUCUUGGGCAUAGAAGGCGACAGUACGGAAAUGAGCUAUUUCAAGAUAAAAAUUAUUUUGCCGCUAUAUCUUGUUAUACGAAAGCAUUAAAUGUGAUCGAACCCCCUAUAGCUAUUGCUAAUCCUUCUGAUGAACUUCAAUCGAUUCGUGCGAAGUGUUGGAAUAAUCUAGCUGCCGCUCAGCUAAAGAUUGAAGCUUACGAUGCUGCAGCUAAAUCAUGUAAAAACGUCCUUUUAGUAGAAGAAAACAAUGUUAAGGCUUGGUUUCGUCAAGCGAAGAUCUACGCAGCGAAAGGAGAUCUAGAAACGGCAUUGGAUUCUAUGAAAAAAGCUUACUCCUUAGAUCCUUCAAGCAAGUUAAUAUCUGAUGAAUACGCUGCAUUGAAACAAAGAGUAACAUGCGAUCGAAAGAAGGAAAGAGAAAUAUAUAGACGCAUGGUGGGUGGAACAAAGAAGCUGACAAAGCAAGAAGAUACUCUAUUAUCAAAUGUUCUGUCUUCGCCAUGGAAAAUAGCCAUUGGAGCAUCUGUUGUCGCUGUAACAGGAAUACUUGCGGCAUAUUUACUAUCCAGACGAUAAAAAUCUCUAAAGGAAGCAAAUUUACUGACUAGGAUCGCACA